CGUCACCAGCGGCGCCUGACACCCCUGAAAAUUCAGGUACUGUUGUUGAUGGACAGUUAGUCGGCAUCAACAUUGUAACUAACGCAAGUUGUGGUUUUUGCUCGACCAGGAUGGCUUUAAUAAAAGCCUUCCUUUGUUAGAUGUUGUGUGCAUGAUGCCACUAGUAGAUCCUCGUAGGGCCUCAAGCCACGCAGAGACUGAAGCAGCGUCGCGGUCAAGUCUGUCUCAUCGCCUUUCAAAAAUCGCACAGUGUGAAAUAUCUCGGACAAAAGCUGUGGAUGGAAGCAAACUCAGAAGUCACCCUAAGAAGCCUGAGAAGCAAGUUUCCGCAAAGGAUCGUCAGCAUCUUCUGCAGCAGCAGCAGCAGUCUCAAAAACAGCUGCAGGCGAAGGUGAGUCAGUCAGGAGCAUUACGAUCCACCAAGGAAGGAGGGAAGGAUAGUCAUUGCCACAGAGGCUCUGGGUCAAGAAAUAGUAGUGGGAAAGGUGCUGGAGUAUUUCCCCAUCCUAACACAAGCAAUAAAACAGGCCAGCACCAUACAGGCGGCAACAAGGGUGGGAAAGGAUCAGAAACUUGGGAUUUACGAAGGCUGGAGGAGGAGAGCGAGGUGGCUCUUGAGCGCCGCCGCCAGCAGCUGACCCAAGAACUGAUGAGAGAAAUGGCUGGCGAUUCUCAUCAUCAUAUAAUAUCUGUGGAUAAAAAGAUGCAUGGGCAGCAUGGACACAGAAGAAAUCCAUCAUCAUCAAGCAGCAGCUCAUCUUCCUCAACAUCAUCAUCAACAUCAUCAUCAUCAAGUUCCUCUACAUCAGAGUCUUCACCUCAUCGCUCGGGAUACAAGCGAGAUAGUAAAAGAAAAUCUCGGCCCGGUAAAAGAAUUCCCUCGAGCAGUGAUCGCUUAAAGCUUAAGAAGACCAAGUCAUCAUCAUCGUCAAGGAAACAUAGCAGUAGUAAGAACAACAAAAAGAAUCAUCCAAGUAAGAAGGAUCAUGAAAAGAUUCGUGGUCACAAAAGUAGUCGUUCCCCUGCUCGAAGAAAAAGCUUAAUGUCUAAAAAAAUCCUUUCCCCUGGACGCAAGCGUACUCCAUCUCCAUCCCGAAAAUCUCACAAGCUUUCUCCCGGCAGGGCAAAGAGGAGUAAGAGCAGGAAACGAUCCGGCUCUCCUAGAGAUCGUUUAGAAUACAGAAGCGAUCGUAUAGGACUACCAGAACGAUCUUUGAGUCAUGGACGUGAUGCAAACAUGGUUUCACAUGCAGCAUCUUCAUCCCGGACUCGAGAUCCACGAGUUGAUGAACGUGCACGUCGAAUAUCACCUGAACAAAUUGGAAGAGAUCGCUACAGGUACGAGAAGGAACGCUUAGAGGAAUAUGUGGAACCUCGACGUGAGCGCCGUUCACCUGCACCAGCAAGAUCUCGUGAAGUGGAAAGGAAAGAGACCCACAGACAUAGAGAUUAUGAAAGACACGAACGUGAACAUUAUGAUGAGAGACGCCGUGAAGACCCAAGAAGAGAAGAAAGAGAACGGGAGCAACUUAGAGAAAGGGAAUUACGUGAGAGGGAAAUGUUAAGGGAGAGAGAAUUAGUGAAGGAGAGGGAACGAGUUGAGAUCCUGGAGCGGGAGCAGGAGAGGGAGAGAGAAAGAAUCAGAGAAGUUGACGAUCGAAGGAGUCGUUAUGGCCGAGAGCAUGAAUUUGCCCGUGAGAGGGAAGUGGUUGUUCGAGGAGGAGGCCGAGAAUUUGAAGGAGAAAGGGAUUUCUAUUCUCCCAGAGUUCGCCCCGAAUUAGAUGCCAGAGUUCUUGCAGUGGAUGACAGACGACCAUAUGAUGAAGCAGCUUAUGAAAGGUUUCAAAGUGGCAAAGCUGACCCUGGUACCUCCUGGGACACUCUGCACUGGGUUACGCCCCCUGCCACUGACCCCUUUGUGGGUGGUGACAAAAAAGGCAUAAUAGCAGUGGAAGAGCCUAUAGGCAGCAGAAAUGGAAGAGGGAAGGAACUGCUGAGAGUAGGUGAAAGAGAACGUGUCCGUUAUGAAAGUGGACGUAGUCGUUAUGAUGAGCUAGCCCUUCAUGAACGUCGUGGAAUACCGCCAAUUGAUGAUCGACGUGCAGACCGAAGAGCCCCUCCUCUUGAUGCACGCUUUCCAGAUGAACGUAGACGGGCUAGCAGCAGCAUUGAUCCUCGUGUCCACGAGGCUUGGGUUGAGGAGCACAGGGGACUCGAUCGCAUGGAACGUGCCGACCACUUUCCUCCUCAUGUUCCACCUCCUCGUCACCGCCACCAGCCGGACUGGACUGGUGGCCGACCAUCAGCUGCUUGGGAUCGUCACAAGCAUGCCAGGCAUGAGGAAUGGGCUGACGAGUAUGGGCGAGUCGCUGGAGCAAGCAGCGGUCAUGGUGCAGAGUGGGGAGAGGAGCACCAUGAUUGGGUAGCUGAUAGAGCAGGACCUGCCUCCCUGCACCAGGACCAGUGGGGCCAACACCCAAGGAGAAGCUACAGAGAUGAAUGGGGGGCUAGAGAAAGUGAAUGGGGUGACCGUGGAUUGCAAGCAUAUUCUGGCCGUGAUCUUGGACACCCUGGAGCUCAAGGCUUAUCACUUGGACGAGAUCGUGGUCUACAACCACCCAUUGUGCGAAGACCUCGUCGAGAACCAAUAGAUCAAGGAAUGGAACCACCUCCACCUGCGGGUCGCCAUCAUCUACCUGCAAUGAGUGAGGAGGAGGGUGUGGAGAGUGCCUUGGUGCCUCCCAGAGGUGGGGAUAUUGGAAGUCCUCCACACUCGGAUCAGGACCAGGCACUCAUGCCAGGUAAUGAUGGCGAGUUAUGGGAGUAUGACCCAGGUCGGGGAUCUUGGGUACGACGGGCUGCUGAUGCUCCUCCCCGUUCAGGGAGAGAGUCGCCAGGCAAAAAAGAGAAGCCACUAGCAGAAGUACCAGUGGUAGAGGAAAGUGAAGUAGCAGCUGUUGUGGAGGACAAAAAGAGGGCAAUUUCAGAAGACAAGACUGUAGAUGAACCAGAGAGCAAGAGGCUGCGUACAGAGUCACCUACACCAGUAACUGGUGAAAAUGAUGCAACACUCCAGGAGAAGGACACCUUUAGUGACAUUAGUGAUGAUGUGGACGACAUUCUUAACCAGGAGGUUGGUGGUUACAAUGAAGAAGAUGGCCGUAACUUGAGUUCCAGUCAGAUUGAGGACCCAAGGAAUCUUAACCGGGAAAAUGGGCCCACAUAUGACGAUUUGCUAGAUGAAGAUGAAGAGGCCCAUCUUGAAGAAAUUAGCGAUGACGAGCUGGAAGAGGAUCGCCAGGCCAAAUUCAAUGUUGCUGGUGCCCUGGAUAUCAAUUGGGCCUUAUUGGUUCGAGACUCAUCCCGAGCUGCCACUAAUGAGGUGGCAGCUGGGACUGCUCUCAAACGUUUCAGUGCUUCCCAUUUGCUGGCUCGUCUUGGGGUCUCCACUUCAUUUGCCCGACCAGAGGUGUUGCAACAAAUCAAGGAAGCUUGCUCUGUUGAUACUAACCAAGAAGACACAGAACCCAAGAAGAUAGAAAUACCACCAGUGAUUGACUCAGGUGGAGUGUUGCGUUUAUUAAAGGCUCGGGCUGAAGAUCGUCAAAGGAUCCUGGAUGGCAUUGGGCCUAAUCGAAGGGCCCUGUGUGCUCGGCAGGAUAUUGCUCUCAGACGACAGCUGUGUAACCUUCCUAAGCAAGACCUCAUUGGAUAUAGUCCUCUGCUUGACAAAGACUUGUUCAGACAGUCAAUUUCCCUUUUGAAAUCCUGUUAAAUUAGUUAAUUUAAAUAUACCACUUAUAGUUAAAUAUUCUAUCCCAUGCUACUAGUGUAUUCAUUGCAUUUUUUAAUAAAGAAUAUUAUUUG